UAGCUUAGUACGUUUAUAGCCAUAGACGACGUCUCACCAUUUGUAUGAAUCGUUGUGUUUAACCUGAAAAAUGGCGGCCAACAUUAAUGGAGUAUUCACUGAAAAUUUACAAAAUGCAAUACUUCAAAGUAAAGUGCUUAUUGUGGGUGCUGGUGGAAUUGGAUGUGAGAUAUUAAAAAAUCUAGUUAUGACAGGGUUUGUCAAUAUUGAUAUUAUUGAUUUAGAUACAAUUGAUGUUAGCAACUUAAAUAGACAAUUUUUAUUUCAAAAGAAACACGUGGGAAAAUCAAAAGCUGAUGUUGCAAGAGAAACAGCACUAACGUUUAAUCCUGAUGCAAAAAUAGUUCAUUACCAUGACAGUAUUACAAGUUCUGAUUAUGGAGUAUCAUUCUUUAAAAAAUUUACAUUAGUUAUGAAUGCACUUGAUAACAGAGCAGCUAGGAAUCAUGUAAAUAGAAUGUGUUUAGCAGCAGAUGUACCAUUAAUUGAAUCUGGUACAGCUGGUUAUGAAGGUCAAGUAGAACUUAUAAAAAAAGGAAUGAGUCAGUGUUAUGAAUGUACACCAAAAGCUGCACAAAAAACUUUCCCUGGUUGUACAAUACGUAAUACACCUAGUGAGCCAAUUCAUUGCAUAGUAUGGGCAAAACAUUUAUUCAAUCAGUUAUUUGGUGAAGAAGAUCCUGAUCAAGAUGUUUCUCCAGAUACUGCUGACCCAGAAGCAGCAGAUUCUGCAGGCGAAGGUGCUUUAAAUUCAGAAUCGAAUGAAAAAGGAAAUGUUGAUAGAAUAUCAACUAAAGUAUGGGCACAAUCGUGUAAUUAUGAUUCAGAGAAAUUAUUUACAAAAUUAUUUCAUGAUGAUAUAAAAUAUUUACUAAGUAUGGAUAAUUUAUGGAAGAAAAGAAGACCACCUACUCCUUUAAGUUGGAAAGAAUUACCAGAUGGAGUACCAGGAUGCAGUAAAGAAGUUAAUGAACCUGGCUUAAAAGAUCAACAACGUUGGAGUAUUUCCAAAUGUGGAGCAGUAUUUGCUGAAUCAGUCAAAAAUUUAAGCAGUAAUUUGAAAAAUUUACAAGAAAAAUCACCAAAUAACCAUUUGGUUUGGGAUAAAGAUGACCAAAGUUCAAUGGAUUUUGUUGCUGCAUGUGCCAAUAUAAGAGCUUACAUUUUUGGUAUACCUCAGAAGACGAGGUUUGAUAUAAAAUCAAUGGCAGGGAAUAUAAUUCCUGCAAUCGCAACUACAAACGCAAUAGUUGCUGGCUUAGUUGUUCUCCAUGCAUUCCGAAUUCUCGAGAAUAAUUUAAAAGCAUGUAAAUCUGUAUAUUUACGUUCGAAAAUGAAUCAUCGAAAUCAAUUAUUGGUACCAGAAAAAAAUGUUAAUCCACCAAAUCCAAAAUGUUAUGUUUGUGCACCUACACCACAGGCCAUAUUAGCAAUUGAUACAUCAAAAACGACAAUCAGGGAACUUGACGAAGUAGUAUUAAAAAAUAGGUUAAACAUGAUUGCUCCAGAUGUUAUAAUAGAUGGUACUGGUACUGUUGUUAUUAGCAGUGAGGAAGGGGAAACUGAAGACAAUAAUAACAAAUUCCUAGAGGAAUUAGGAAUUAAAGAUGGUACCAUUCUUAAAAUCGAUGAUUUCCAACAAAAUUAUUCAUUAACUGUAACAAUAGUCUAUAGAGAACGACCAAGUUUAAAAGGUGAUAGUCCUGAUUUCGUAAUUUUAGCCAAAGAACAGGAUCUUAAACCUAAAGAAGAUAAUGAUUUAGUGAAACCAUCUACUUCAAAUGGCCAGGUGGAAACAUCUGAUGAUAAUGUAAUGUUGGUUACAACUGAGGCUGUUUCAUCAGAUAUGGCAAAGAAACGUAAAACUACAACUCCUGAAGAAAAUGUAUCUUCAAAGAAACGGAAAUUGGAAAUUAAUGAUGUGGAUGAUGAUAUUUCUAUUAUUGAAAGUGAUAUAAAUAAUGAUACUGAUAAAGCAAAAUCAAACUUUAAAAUACAUAAGAAUUCAGAAGAUGAUGAUUGUUUAAUUGUACAUGAUGAAAAUAUGCAAAUAGCUGCAACUUCGCAGUGAAUAUUUAUAAAAAUACAUAGUGCUAUGUUUGUAGUAUCUAAUUUCAUGGAUUAUAGUUAUGGAAUGCAUUUUUAUACAAACAAAAAAUAAAUACAUUUUCUUACUACAAAAUAUUA